GCUCGGCCGGGGGCCGGGGCUACUGACCGAGGCUGCUCGUUGCCAGGUCCGCGCCCGAGAAGACUCCCGCGUGCGGUCCAAGCGCCUGCCCGAGGCCCGCCCGGAGCAUGCCGCCUGCAGCCAUGAGGGGCCUCGGCCUGGUGCUGCUGGCCGCUCUGCUGUGCUCUGCGCCCGCUCACAGCCUGUGGUGCCAGGACUGCACACUGACCACCAACUCCAGUCACUGCACGCCGAAGCAGUGCCAGCCAUCGGACACAGUGUGCGCCAGCGUGCGGAUCACCGAUCCCAGCAGCAGCAGGAAGGACCAUUCCGUGAACAGGAUGUGUGCCUCGUCCUGCGACUUCGUUAAGCGGCACUUUUUCUCAGAUUACCUGAUGGGUUUCAUUAACUCUGGGAUCUUGAAAGUGGACGUGGACUGCUGCGACCAGGAUUUGUGCAACGGGGUGUCCGUGGCCAGGGGCAGCCCCUGGGCCCUGGCCGGCGGCCUCCUGCUCAGCCUGGGGCCUGCCCUCCUCCGGGCUGGGCCCUGAGGUCCCCUCCCUCCCGCAGGGCUUCUGAGCUGCUUUCCUGGAGCUUGUGGCUGCCCCCUCCUCAGCCUGGCCUGGCUGGGGCUGGGGGCAGCCUUGGCCUGGCUCCACCAUCUGUGGCCCUCGCCCCUCCCCGUCUCUCUACCAGCUCUGAGUCCCAGCCAGCAGGAUGUGUCCAGGACGCCAGGUGUCAGGUGGCAGGAGGCCUGGGGGUGAGGGGAGCAGCUGGGACCUCUAGGUCUCUGAGGGGAGGCUGGGCUGGGCCGGGCCGGCUCAGCAGCCUGGCUGUGAAGGCAGGAUCCGCAGAGUGACAAAGUCACUACUGAGUCUGGGGACCUGGGUCUGGCCUGGGCGUGGGGCGGAGGUUCCUGGCAGGGCAGGGAGUGAGGUGCCGAGGAAGCGGUCGGGCAGGUGGGCACAGGGGUGCUGGGGGCCGCGGGUGUUGCGCUGGGCUUCCUGGGGCUGAGUGAGGUUUGGGGGCAGUGGGCUGGGGGAGGGUUAGAGUCAGGUGAAGAAGACGACAGGGUGAGCCCGAGGGUGGGUGAGGCCUUAUCGCCUGUGCACGCUGUGGACAGUGGACACGCACAGACGUGCACAGACACUAGCACACGCACCGGGCGCACACCCCCCACGCCUGCAGUGGUACACGCAUCCACUCACACACACGCUCACUCCCACAGGCACGCACAGACCAGCACGCACGCACCGUGGCUCACGCUGCCCAAGCCUGCAGAGUGGGACACUCACAUCCGCUCACGUACUCACGCUCACUCCCACUGGUGCGCACACGCGUGCACACUGAACCAUCUACAUCCCACUAGCACAUGGACCGGUGUGCCACGCCACAGACAGCCACACACGCCCGCGUCCCACACAGUGACGCACGGACGCACAUGCCCCUGUGUGUAGGACCCUUGUUCCUGUUCUCACUUCCUCUCCGUUGGCCCUGCGGGUGACCGGACUCGGGGCGAGCCCCCUGAGCGGUCAGGGCUCCCGCAGGCCCACAUGGAGCCCUCAAACACAUGGACUCUGCCUCUUAAGCAGAUGUCCCCGUCCCCACCCUGAGUCGGGCACCACCACGGACGGGUCCCGAAGGCCAGCCCUGGGAAGCACAGACCGGCCGGGCACGCGGGCGGGAGGAGGCAGGGGCGGACCCCGGGAGCUGAGCCUCGGGUGCUGCUUCUCCUGGCCCUUCUUCCUCCAGCCGUGGGUCUGUGGUCUCGUCCUUGUUCCCAAGCCCAGCCCAGCCUCCCACACUCACUGGCCAUGUGGCUCAUCCUGUGGCACUUGGCGGCUGCUCCAGGCUUCCUCUGGGGUCAGGUCAUCGUCCAGUCUCCUUCGUCCUUGUGCGGCUGACCCAGGCCACGGUCACUCCUGGGUCCUGGCUCCUUAGCAAGUACAAUGGUUCUACUAAGAGCUUGCCUCGGCCUGCCUUCCAGCCUUCUCUCACGAGCCAUGGAGAGGGAUCUGGGGGUCUGGGGUCAGUGAACCAGAGAGGACAGCGGGGUCGCUGGAGACCGUCAUCAGCUUCCUGCUGGUGGAAAUGGCCAAGGGACUUGUCCGAGGGUCGUCUCUGGUCUGUUUUAAGUUUGCUCUGCUGCUCUGCAAUGUACCCCACCCUGUCCCCGCCCAAACCUCAGUAAAGUGUGCUACCCAUCG